CCAAGGAAAAAGUGAUCCAUAAAUCCCAUUAAAAAAUGCAUAAUGCCAGCGAUUAUGAUUCGGUUUACAGCGAAGAGGAUUACCAGAACACGGUACAGGGUGCCAUAACACCACCACUUAUGGACUACGAGGAGUUCCGUGUGAAAACCAUGGAUGAACGACAGCAUAUACAGAAGAAAACGUUUACGAAAUGGAUAAAUUCACAUCUAAGCGACACCCAGUGCACACCAGUGAAGGAUUUGUUCCUGGAUCUGCGGGAUGGCCAUCGAUUGUUGGCCUUGCUAAGCAAUUUGACACAGACACAGAUGAAACCCGAAAAGGGACGCAUGCGUGUCCAUCACAUCAAUAAUCUGAAUAAAGUGAUUCAUGUGAUACAGCAGCAUGGCGUGAAGCUGGUGAAUAUCUCCAGUGAUGAUAUUGUCGGUGGGAAUCCGAAGCUAACGCUCGGACUCAUUUGGCUGAUUGCCCUGGAAUUCAAUGGCCAACAUCUAGUCAAAAGUCAUUCGAGCAAUGGCGUGGAGAAAUCCCUUUUGGCAUGGGCCCGACAGUACACAGAGCCCCAGGGGCUGCAGCUGACGGAUUUCUCCAGUUCGUGGGCGGAUGGCCGAGCCUUUCUGAUGAUCUUGGCGGCACAUCUGGCGGAGUUGCAUCUGGAGGCGGCGCUGCAGCAGCAUGCACUGCAGCGGCUGCAUUUGGCGUUCGAUUUGGCGCAUCGACACUUCAAGAUCGAGAAGCUGCUGGAUGCCGAGGAUGUGCACACGCACAAGCCGGACAAUAAAUCGAUACAGAUGUAUGUGAUGUGCCUGUACCAUGCCAUGGAGUCCAUGCGGGCGGCACAGCGCGAACAGCAGGAGCAGCAGGAGGAGCAGGAUAGGGUGCCCUGUACGAGUAUUACGGAUCUGGAUGAGGUGCCCCUCGACACCAUGGAGAUCUACACCUCUGAGAGUGGUGGCAGCCUGGAAAAGGGAUCCACUUUGGAGCUGAAAUCAUCCAUGCGACCCCUGAGCACAGCCACCAAUGCCAGUGUGGAGAUAAGCGGAUAUCAGACGGCACUGGAGGCUGUGCUGACACUCCUGCUGGAGGAUGAGCAGCUGCUGUCACAGGAGAUACCCGAUCCGCAGGACUUUCAGACGGCCAAAUUUCAAUUCCAUGAAAACGAGAGCUUUAUGCUGAAGCUCACCGAACAUCAGGAGUAUGUGGGGGAGGCCCUGGAAGAGGGCAGCAACCUGAUAAAUGAAUCACAAAAGGCGGGCGGAGCAGGCCUCAGUCUCGAGGAUCAGAAUGAGGUGCGUCAGCAGAUGGUGCUACUGAAUGAACGCUGGGAGACGCUGCGACUGCGGGCACUCGAUGUUCAGGCCAAGAUCCUCAUGAGAUUGGCCGAGUUUCAGAAGCAAAAGUUGGAGCAGUUGCGGCAGUUCCUCACCAGCGUGGAAGAUCGCAUCUCGCAUAUGACGGACAUUGGACCCACGCUGUCGGAGGCGGAGAAGCAGCUGCUGGAGGCACGCGCCCUCAAAUCAGAUCUCUCCGAGCAGCAGGAGCUGGUGGAUAGCCUCAGCAGCAUGGUGGUGAUAGUCAACGAUACGUCGGGCAACUUUAUCGAUCUGGAGGAUCGGCUGAGUGCCCUGGGCGAGCGCUGGUCGCAUGUGGUCAAGUGGAGUGACCUGCGCACCGAGAAACUGCAGCAAUACAAAUGCAUCUCGCGCUGGCUGGACGCUCGCGAGCAGGAUCUCAAGCAGAUGGAGUGCCAGGAUGUCACAGAUGUCGGCGGCAUUACGCAGCGGAUCAACGAGCUCAACUAUUGUGCCAAGGAUCUGCUGGAACUGCAGCGCUACCUCAUCGAUCUGCGCCAAAUGGUGGCCGCCACGCUGCAGGAUGGCGACGAUCGUGGCGAGCGGGUCCUGGUGCAACUGGAGAGCUACGAGGAUCGUCUGGAUGCCCUCAAACAGAUUCUGGAGGUGCAAACGGUGCGCAUCGAAACGAAGGGCUUCAAUUUUGGUCGAGAUCGUGCCAGCUACGAUGACAGUCGAGUGGUGCGGCCCGAGGGUUGGGUGGACUAUCAGAUGAUUAUCCGCUUUGGUGAGGAAUCGGACGAGGAUUCGGAGCUCUCCCAUGACUCUGCCACCAAGAAGCGGAAACUGAGGAACGGGGAUAACUUUCAUGCUCUGGAGGUGCAAAUAAUGGAGCACUUUUCCCAUGUCCAAGAGGCCGAAUCGAAGCUGCAGCAGCUGCAGCGGCAGAGUCUGCGACAGCAGUGCGACGUUUUGAAGGAACUUCAAGCGGAAAAUCAGCUGAGAAGUGGCACCCUGCCAGAGCUAAAGAAACUGUACGAAGUCUGUGAGCUGGAGGAUCCCACGCGGAACCUCAUUUUGGAGGACACGCACAUCAAGCAGCUGGAGCAACGCUAUGGCCUGCUCACCCAGCGUUUGGCCACACAACAGAGCGAGAGCCACACGCUGUUGGCCAAGGAGCGCUACUACAACAGUUUGACGGGCUUCAAGCUGGUGUUGGCCGACUCCCGCGACUGGUACAAGCAGCAUGCGGGCACAGCCAGUGGCAAGGAGCUCGAGCAACGUCUCAGCCACAUGGAAUCGCUGUCGCUGGAGAUUUCUGAAGCCAAAAAGGCCACCGAAGAGUUGGAUGUUUCGCUGGUGGAAUGGAAGCAGGAUUUUGGUUUGUUCUACGACAGUUGGCAUGACAUGAAACAGGCUUUGCAGGCCCUCAUCCAACAAAGAGGCGGCGAGCAUCUCUCUAGGGAACUGGCGGAGAUUAAGGGAUUCAUGGAGAAAGUGGGGAGCCAAAAGGUGCGCGUUUCCUCGCUAGAUAUCAUGCAGAGUCAACAGCAAUCGCUGAACCACUUGGUGGAUGAAUUGGAAACGCUAAAGGCCAAAUUCGAACGCCUCCCGCGGCCCCUGCUGAGUGAAGAUCUGCAGGCCACAUGGCAGCGGCUGCCAGAGACGCUCAACGAGCGAGUGAUCAAGCAGACGACAGCCAUCGAGAACUUGAAUCAUUUUACGGCUGAAUAUAAUGCCAUCAUAGCCGUGCUCCAGACGGCAGCCGAUGGAAAGUCGGCCGGCAGUGGAACGACGAGUCAGGAUCUGCGAAAACUGGAAAUUGAUGUCAUCAGUGCACGAAAUUUCAGUGAGAUUCUGAUCAAGGAAGCCGAACCCCAGCAGAAAGAGUCGCUGCAGUCCCAAAUACGAACCCUGAACGCCCUGUACGAGAGGGUGGAGCAAGUGCAUCACGAGCAGCGGCAACAGCAGCUGGAAAUCCACACACAGAUGGAUGUCAUCCAGCAGCGACUCAGGAAAACCGAUCUGUGGCUCAGCGAACUGGAGAAGAAUACACCCAAAUCGGGUGUAGCGGAUAUAUCCAACUCCAAUGAGCUCUUCCAAAGCAAAUGCCGCUUCCAGACCCUCAAGGAGACCUGCGAACGGGAGACCACAGCCUUCCGCGAACUCAACGAACUGGGGGGCGAGCUGCUGCUACAAAUGGAUGAGCGGCAGGACAAGGAAAAGGAAUCAAAGUAUGGCUCACUGGCAAAGCAAAUCACGCGCCUGAAUGCCCGCUGGACGGAGGUCACCGAGCGGGUGUACGCCAAGACGGCCCUGCUGGAGCACAUAUCCACACAGCUGGGCGAAUUCAAGAAGUUUAUGGUCAGCGAAACGGGCUACUUGGAUCGGCUGGAGAACAAGAUACGAAAUACGCCAGAGAAUGCAGCAGAUGCAGAAGAGAUCAUGGAGGAAUUAGAUGAUCUGGAGAAUGUAUUGCGCUCCCACUCUGAUGAAUGGCUGGAGAAGAUUCAGGAAAUUGGCACCGAGCUAAUUGACAACGAAUUCAUGGCCGAAACAAUGCGUAAGGAUAUCCAGGACAUGGUUGACAGAUGGAAUCAGUUGCAGCAACAGGCCAAAAAGCGCACAGAACUGCUCGAGGAGAAGGUCAGCGAGGCCGAGCAGUCGGAAAAGUGCAUUGUGCAAUUCGAGGCAUGGCUAACGCGCGUGGAUGAGAUACUUAGCGAGCAUUUGGAGAAUGAUGUGACCAUUGAGGAUCUGCCAGAUGAUUUUCAGCGCCUGGCGCGGGAAUUUAUCACAAAUGAGCAAAACUUUAAGGAGAUCACAGAACUCAUAGCCGAACAUACGAGAAAUGGCAAAAUGGGUGCCGCCAAUCGUCUGCAGGAGCAGCUGAAUCUCAUGGAGCUUAGAUUCAAGGCGUGCCAGGCGAAGCUGAGCAAAUGUACGGCCCCACAGCCUGCCUAUGAAUCGCGAUUGAAUCGCGCCUAUGGCGAUCUAAGGAAUGUGGAGAGAUCUACUUUGGUGCUCGAUGUGGCAUCCGCGGGACCCAAUACGGUGCAAGCGCAGUAUCAAAAGUGUUUGCAAAUCUAUCGCACACUCUCGGAAAUCAAGGCAGAGAUCGAGAGUACCAUCAAGACAGGACGCAGGGUAUGCGAGGAUCGCUACACAAAGUCCCCAAAGCUAUUGAGUCAGAAAAUAGAUGCUCUGAAGCAUCUGUACAAUGCCCUGGGCGAGAAUGUGACCCAGUCGAAGGUGUUCCUGGAGGGUCUCCUGUCGCUGGCGCGCAACCUAGAGGAGUGCUUUGAUUCGGCGGACACGCUAAUACGACGCUUUGAAUCCCCACAGGAAAUACACGAUCGUAACUCUAUUCUGUUGGACUUUGAGGAGGUGCUAAGGAAAUGCGAGGAGCACUACAAUGAGUACAGUAAAUCCUGUGAUCAAAGCUGCAUGGUGGACACACGGCAGAGGAUUGAUGGCUUGAAGGCAACCUACCACAAGCUCACGAGUGCGGAUAUCAUCAAGAGACUCACCGAAAUGAAGGCCACGCUGCAGAACUUGGAUAACAUUUCGCUGGAGACUUUGAAAGCAAUGGAGCAUGAUUUGAAGGAGAUAAAUGUGCCAUCGAAUCCGGAAAUAGAAAAGUUGCAACAACAAGUCAUUGCAAUUGUUGUGGACGUGUUGAAAACUCGUUUCAAUGAAGCCACAACGUUGAAUGCCAACCCUACACAAAAGUCUCCAAACAAUGACGAUACGGAAAUCGUUGUGGUGAGCGAUACAGUGCGACAGAGACGUGCACGGACACCGCAGGCCGGCGAAUCACCAUCUACUAAGUCUCCAGCAGAGUCUCCCACAAAAUCCGUGGAGACCCCAUCCGAAGCCAGUGGCGACCAGGUGCUGCCUGAUGUCCUGCCGCCGCAAACCUUCCGUUUGGCAGAAUCCAGCACUUUGUUCUCCCAAAUAUCGCUGAACCCAGCGAAAGUCUCCAAAUCGCCAGCACCGCCAAAACCCAACAAAACAAAGCGAAAGGCGCCCGCCAUUCCCGCCCAAAUGGUGGAGAUCAAGGUGAAGAACAUCCAGAACGAUAAGAUGUCGGUGCAGAACAUCCACCACGGCACCAUGGAACCGCAUCAGGGGGAGAUCGUGUCCACCGUCAACAUUCUGGAGAGUGUGGAGCCGUUCGUGCCCGAGUAUGUGGAGACCGUGCAGAUUGUGGAUCUCUCCGAGGACUCGGAUUCGUCAUCGCUGACCAAGAGCAAGCACUCGCUCUGCGAGAGUCCCCUGCCCAAAGGGCUGGAUGAUGAGGAGACGCUGUUGCGUCCUGGCGAUGGCAACACGAGCACGCCGUUCCUGCGCGUGGAGAAGCAUCGCAUCUCCUUCGAUGAGAAACGCAAGCGAAUUGCCAACGAGCGGGAUAUCCUCAGGGACUCGGAGGAGGAUGAAGAUGUGCCCAAGACCCCUGACACACCAAGAGCCCCUCAGGUGUCGAAGCCCAAGCGGUGGCGUCACCUUCAACCAGGCACGCCCGACACGGAGCCCGAAUCCCCAGGUCGCGAUAGUUUCUAUAGCCCCGACAAAGAGUCCGGUUUCGAUAUAGAACCUUUGGUAUUCUCCGACGAUGAGGAGAUACCGCGUUUCUCGCUGGAAAUGACACCAACCAUUGACUCCGAUAGUGAUACGAGUCGCAUCGAGACGCCUUCGGCCAAGAAACCAGACUCCUUUUUGAGCAAGGUUCUGCAUUCCAUGCCCUCGCCCGCAGAUGAUUCGAAUGUGACCCUCAAGAGUCCACUGGGCGGGCAGGAGCCCCAGAGUUUGGAUGAUCGUGUGCGAGAGUUCGAUAAGCAGGCCAAGCAGAUGAUCUACAAAUUGAAGCUAACGAAAGCCAAGAUCGAGCACUGUCACGAGAGUGAAGCAGAGGAUCUACGACUGCUGAUAGCACCCGAUGCGGCCACAUUGAUAUCCCAAGGGGAUUCCUUGGUGCUAGAGACCCAUGGCAGACAGGGCAGCAUCUCGCGUUUGGUUAUGCGCACACAAAUCAUACUCCGCGAACAAUUCCGAGAAGUGCAGCAGGCGAGAUCAAAGACCAUGGGCAGUGGUGCGGCUGCUCCGCCGCUGGAAAGCGUGAACAUCGAAGAGCUUGUCACCAAGGGACUGCGUCGCAUAAAUGUCUUGAUUGAGAAACCUGUGGACUUGAAGUCCAGCGGUGAUCUUGAGAAGCGCAUGGAUGAUAUCAAUGAGCGACACGACGAUUUACAGGUGAUUGUCGGCGCCAUUGGCAAGAACGCCCAAAUGCCAAAGGUGACGCCCCUCAUGAUGAACGAAAUUGAAAAGACGAAAAACAAUUUGAUUGCUCAUGCGGAUGCCAUUGAGCUCUCAUUGACGGAACUGCGAAAUGGCAACCGAAUUUCCAAUGGCAAGGAAAACGAUGAAAGAGUGCCGCCCAUUGCCGCCCAGCGUUCGGAGUACAAUAACGAACCGAGCGGCAGUGGAGCGUUGGCCGGCAGCUUCGAUAAGUCUGUGCUGCAAAUUUCCGAUUGGUUGACUUGGGAACAAAACAUGAUCAAGAUACAGAGUGUCCUGGUCGAGGAUGUGGAUGCCAUUCGCUUGGCCAUCGAGAAGCAGGAGAAAGUUUUACGUGAAUUGAAAAUGAAAAAGCCACAGCUCAAUGAAUUGGUUCACACGGCGGAAGUGCUCAAAGGCGAUAUGAAGCGUCAGCAAUUGCAGGAGAAAGAGUUGAAACAGUUCUGUCUAGCACCGCAUUGUUCGGCGGACUUAGAUUAUAUGCGUUGCUGUUUGAAAGUAACUCGGUUGAGAGAGCACUGGGAUGAGACCCAACAGUGCGUCCUGCAGCGUGCUGCCCAACUGAAGAACAUGCUGAGUGACUCGCAGCGGUUUGAGGCGAAACGCUUGGAGCUGGAGAAGUGGCUGGCCCGCAUGGAGCAAAGGGCAGAGCGAAUGGGGACUAUAGCAACCACAGCCGACAUUCUGGAGGCCCAACAAAAGGAGCAAAAGUCCUUCCAUGCGGAACUGCAUCAGAAUAAGCAACACUUCGAUAUCUUCAAUGAAUUGACACAGAAACUAAUUGCCGUCUAUCCGAAUGAUGAUACCUCAAGGAUCAAGAAGAUGACGGAGGUUGUUAAUCAACGUUAUUCAAACUUAAACAAUGGCGUCAUCAAUCGUGGCAAACAAUUGCAUGCCGCUGUCCAUAGUCUUCAAUCCUUUGAUCGGGCCAUGGAUCAGUUCCUCGCUUUUCUUUCGGAAACGGAAACUCUAUGUGAAAAUGCUGAAUCUGAAAUAGAUCGCAAUCCAUUAAUGUUCAAGGACCUACAAUCGGAAAUUGAAACCCAUCGCGUGGUGUACGAUCGUCUCGAUGGCACUGGGAGGAAACUUUUGGGUUCGCUCACCUCGCAAGAGGAUGCGGUUAUGCUGCAGCGUCGCCUCGAUGAAAUGAAUCAGCGUUGGAAUAAUUUAAAAUCGAAAAGUAUUGCAAUCAGAAAUCGGCUGGAAUCCAAUUCGGAGCACUGGAAUGCCCUGCUUUUAUCCCUCAGAGAACUCACCGAGUGGGUCAUCCGCAAGGACACGGAAUUGAGCACCCUGGGCCUGGGUCCUGUCCGCGGGGAUGCCGCCAGCUUGCAGAAACAGUUGGACGAUCAUAAAGCCUUUCGCCGCCAAUUGGAGGAUAAGCGACCAAUUGUUGAGAGCAAUUUAACGAGCGGGCGUCAGUACAUUGCCAAUGAGGCCGCCGUCUCGGAUACCAGCGAUACAGAGGCAAAUCAUGAUUCCGAUUCACGUUACAUGUCCGCCGAGGAGCAGAGCCGUGAGCUAACACGCAGCAUCCGCCGUGAGGUGGGCAAACUUUCAGAGCAAUGGAACAAUCUAAUCGAUAGAUCUGACAAUUGGAAGCAUCGUCUGGAUGAGUACAUGACGAAAAUGCGUCAAUUCCAGAAGAUACUCGAGGAUCUGAGCUCCCGUGUGGCAUUGGCCGAGCAGACAAAGAACUCGUGGCUGGCGCCCGUGUCGGUGGGCGAGGCCAAUGAGCAGAUGCAGCAGCUGCAGCGAUUGCGUGACAAGAUGACGACGGCCAGUGCCCUGCUGGACGAUUGUAAUGAGCAGCAAUCCUUUUUCACGGCGAACCAAGUGCUAGUGCCCACGCCCUGCCUAUCCAAGUUAGAGGAUUUGAAUACUCGCAUGAAACUCCUGCAAAUUGCCAUGGAUGAGCGCCAGAAGGUGCUUUGUGCGGCAGGGGCACAGCAGACGCACGAGAAUGGGGACGAUGGGCGUAACACAUCGAACAGUGGGACCAUUGGACCGCUGCCGAAUCUCGGCCAGAGCGUUAAGCCCCCCUGGGAGAGGGCCACAACGGCAGCCAAUGUGCCUUACUACAUCGACCAUGAACGUGAGACCACACACUGGGACCAUCCGGAUAUGAUUGAGCUAAUGAAGGGUCUGGCGGAUCUGAAUGAGAUUCGUUUCUCGGCCUACAGGACGGCCAUGAAGCUGCGCUCUGUGCAAAAGAGAUUGGCCCUCGAUAGGAUCACAAUGGCCACUGCCUGCGAGUCGUUCGAUCGCCAUGGACUGAGGGCACAGAACGACAAGCUCAUCGAUAUACCCGACAUGACCACGGUGCUGCAUUCGCUCUAUGUGACAAUCGAUAAAAUUGAUUUGACGCUGAUGCUGGACCUGGCCAUCAACUGGAUCCUCAAUGUCUACGACUCGCAGCGCACUGGGCAGAUUCGUGUGCUGAGCUUCAAGGUGGGUCUGGUGCUGCUCUGCAAGGGGCAUCUCGAGGAGAAAUAUCGCUACUUGUUCCGCCUGGUGGCCGACACCGAACGAAGGGCAGACCAACGGAGAUUGGGUCUGCUGCUGCACGACUGCAUACAGGUACCGCGACAACUGGGCGAAGUGGCGGCCUUUGGUGGCUCCAACAUUGAGCCUUCGGUGCGCUCAUGCCUGGAGCAGGCUGGCAUCUCCCAGGAGGCCAUCGAUGGCAAUCAGGAGAUCUCCAUUGAGCUGCAGCACUUCCUCGGCUGGCUGCAGCACGAGCCACAGAGUCUGGUGUGGCUGCCCGUGCUGCAUCGUCUGGCUGCCGCCGAGGCGGCCAAGCAUCAGGCCAAGUGCAACAUUUGCAAGGAGUAUCCGAUUGUGGGCUUCCGGUAUCGCUGCCUCAAGUGCUUCAACUUUGACAUGUGCCAAAAGUGUUUCUUCUUCGGCAGAAAUGCCAAGAAUCACAAGCUAACCCAUCCGAUGCACGAAUACUGCACAACGACCACUUCCACGGAGGAUGUGCGCGACUUUACGCGCGCUUUGAAGAACAAAUUCAAGAGUCGCAAAUACUUUAAGAAGCAUCCACGCGUCGGCUAUCUGCCCGUACAGAGUGUGCUCGAAGGUGAUGCCUUGGAGAGUCCUGCCCCCAGUCCGCAGCACACCACCCACCAGCUGCAGAGCGACAUGCACACACGCCUCGAGAUGUAUGCCUCGCGGCUGGCGCAGGUCGAGUACGGCGGCACGGGCUCCAAUUCGACGCCAGACAGCGACGAUGAGCACCAGCUGAUAGCACAGUAUUGCCAGGCGCUGCCCGGCACCAGCAAUGGCAGCAGUGCACCCAAGUCGCCCGUCCAGGUGAUGGCCGCCAUGGAUGCCGAGCAGCGGGAGGAGCUGGAGGCCAUCAUACGGGAUCUCGAGGAGGAGAAUGCCAAUCUGCAGGCGGAGUACCAGCAGCUGUGCACCAAGCAGCAGAGCGGCGGCACCCCAGACGAUUCGAAUGGCAUGCAGCAUUCCAGCAGCAGCAGCAUGACGGGCUUGGGCGGCAGCCAAGGCGAGCAGGGACAGGACAUGAUGGCGGAGGCUAAACUCUUGCGCCAGCACAAGGGCCGCCUGGAGGCGCGUAUGCAAAUCCUCGAGGAUCACAAUCGGCAGCUGGAGGCACAGCUGCAGCGUCUGCGACAGCUGCUGGACGAACCCAAUGGCGGCAGCAGUGCCACCAGCAGCGGCCUACCCAGUGCCCCGGGCUCAGCACUCAACUCGAAGCCGAAUACCCUGCAGACCCGUUCGGUGACUGCCUCGCAGCUCAACACGGACUCGCCGGCCAAGAUGAACCAACAGAACGGACACUACGAUCACAAUUCAAAGGGCAUCAUGCUGCCGGGACUCCAGAAUGAUCUGCAACAGCAUUUGGCGGCCAAGCAUCAUCAGCAUCAACUCAGUGGGGCACUGAAUGCGUUGCACCAACAGCAGCAGCAGCAACAGCAGCAGCAGCAGCAGCAACAACAGCAGCAGCACUCGCAAAGAGGCGGUGCACUCACGGGAAAUGGUGGCAUUGACAUGCCCGGAGGAUAUUUGGGCGACGACGGACGUCCGCCGCCGCCACCGCACUCGAGUCUGAUGCAACACCAGCAACAGCAGCAGCAGCAGCAGCACUUGAAUGAGAAUGGCAGUGGCCUGGUGACCAUCAUAACCGAACAGGAAAUGGAGAGCAGCAGCCUCAACAAGGAUGGGAAUGAAGAGGAGCAGGAGCAGGAGCAGGAGGAGACUUCGAGCAGCAGCAAUACCACCACCACAAACACAACAACAACAACAACAACGACGGAGAAGACCUGUGUGGAGCGGCAGAGCAAAAACCCCUUUGAUACUUAACUGAAAUGAAUCCAAUCCAAUCUAAAUCUAAAGAUAUAGAUAAGGAUAAAGAUACAGCCCCCUUAUUUAUACACAAUAUGCAUGCGGAUAGAGUAACCUUUUAUAGUAGUUAUGGAAAAGAUGCAACAGAAAUCUAUAUAUAGUAUAUAUACAUACAUUAUAUCGAGGAGAGGAGAUGAUAGCAGAGCAGAGCACAGAAGAGAAAAGAAGCGAAGCAAAGGUACGAUUAAAACACUGAUACAUAUUGAAAGCUGGAAAUAAUGCAGAAAAGAUUUAAGGUUUAAGCGAUAAAAAUAUACCCCAUAAAACUAUGCCCUAUACUCUCUACAAAUAUCUAUACAAAUAAUGGAAGCAAGGGCAGGAGCAACCUAUAUCAUAGCUGAGGCAUAAUCAUAAAUUGUUAAAGAACGAAAAAAUAUCAAAUUUCAAAUACUUCCCCCCCAUAUCGUAACACUUUUGAAAUGCUUAUGAAAUAAGCCUUUUGAAAUGUACAUUCAAAUCCAGAGUUUUAUUCCUAUUUAUUCACCGAGUCGAGUUCUUGUGUGUAUUAUUAUUUCUCUUAAUAUUAUUCGAUAUUAAUUCAUAUCUGUGCUAACUGAAAGUGUGUGCUGCAAAAUGUUUUUAAUUAAAGAAACUUAUUAUUGAAAAUAUCCCUCCCCCCAUUUUGAGUUUUAAUUUUUUAUUCGUAGAUUUAUAGAUAUACCUACCUAAAUCAUAUGCUGACACGAAUACGAUCACCAAAUGGACCACCUUUUUCUAUUACUAAAAUAUUACUAAACUCUAACGUCUAACAGAAGAAUCCAAUAUAAAAAUAAUGAAUUAUUCCAAUUGCAAACUAGUCAAAUUAUGUACACAAAAAUAUGAAAGAUAAACCUUAAAUAUGAACUAUGAAGAACCGCUUUAAAAUACCAUACAAAUACCUUAAAAAUACAUACCACAAAACAAAGAAGAAGAAAAAUACCAACUAAUCGAAUCGAAACACUCUUUAGAUGUCUAUUCAAAAAUAUCGCAAAAUAUAACCACAAAAGAGAGAGAGUGAGUAAAGUUUUAGCCCACAAGAUCAACAUAAAAUAUAUAUACUAAAUAUAUGUAGUACCAAUAUUAAGUUGAAGUUCUCUUAAAAUAUUUACAAAUUUUAGUUAACGAAAUUAAGUACGAAAAUAUGGACAAUAUGGAACAGGAUUUAGGAACGAAACUUCUUCAUUUUACGUGUAUCAAACGUUUGGUUUCAAGCAUUUUCCACAAAAGCAGACUAUAAAUCUAGAAUGAAUUAUAUACGAGAUAAAAUACAACUAAAUAUACAGAAUAGAUGUAGCUAUGUAUCUUUGAAAUGCAGUUAGCUAAAUUUUCUCGUAUCCCACUAAUAAAAAAAAAACAACAAGAAACCGUAA